AUGGAAGUGUUUGAAGCCAGAUGCGACCUCUUUAACGGAAGGUGGGGAGCGGAACCGUGCAGUGAAGAGAAGAAAAAACAUUCAACUGUCAUCCACUGCAAUGAAUUGCCAACUACUAUUCCUACUAAUAUGGUUACUGAGAAAAAUGACAGCAGGCGAUUGGGUGACCUACCACGCACGACUUACAUGAUUUUAGUUGUGUUACUCCCGCCGCUGCUUGCUCUUCUAACUUGCUUUUUACUUUUUAUGAAGAAGCGAAAGAAAAAAGAAUAUUCAAGCAAAUCUACAACUGACUCAUCUGCUGACGUAUCGGAACGAGAUUCCAAACUUUAA